AAUUACAAUCUCCCUCAGAUUCCAGCACAUUCUACAGCUCUUCAAACCAUGAAUCACAAUUUUCCUUAAUUCAUCCUUAAAUAUCCUUUUCUCUCUUUCUCUCUCUUUCAUCUCCAUCUUCACCGUCGCCGUCGUCGUAUAACAAGCCGGCCAUGGAUCCAUGUCGAUUUCUUCGUAUAGUUGUAGGAAACCUAUCCUUAAAGUUCCCAUCUUCCUCAUCAUCGUCAUCAUCCUGUUUCUGCAAAAUCAAGCUCAAGGGUUUUGCAUCACAAACAGCUCCUCUCCCUAUAAACGAUCAAAUUCCAUCUCCGGCCGCCGCCGCUUGCUUCACGUUAAGCAAAUCUGAGAUGGAUAAAUUGUUGGUAUCGAAAUCAUGUUAUUUGAAGGUUGAGGUUUAUGCAUCUCGUGGUGGGUUUUGUACUAAGAAGUUUUUGGGUUCCAUUUCACUACCGCUGGAUUUCAAAGGAAUUGAAUCUAUGUCGAGACCUGUUGUCUUUCACAACGGCUCGACAUUGAUUAAGACAGGUUCUCAAACCAUGCUGAAUUUAAGAGUCCAGGCUGAACCAGAUCCAAGAUUUGUGUUUCAAUUUGAUGGACAACCUGAAUGUAGUCCUCAAGUAUUUCUUCAAACUAAUGACAAAGUCUUACAGCCUGUCUUCACUUGUAGAUUCAAUUCAAGAUUAGUUUCAGAGGAAACCCCAUCAAAGAGCUGGCUUAGAUUGGAUUCAUUGAGAAACGGUGAGAGUAAGAAUCGGCGUAAGGAAAGAAAAGGAUGGGCUAUUACAAUUCACGACCUUUCCGGUUCUCCGGUGGCUGCAGCUUCAAUGGUGACUCCGUUCGUUCCUUCCCCGGGAUCGGAUCGAGUCAACAAAUCAAAUCCUGGAGCCUGGCUCAUAUUACUUCCAGGCGACAGUACCUGGAAGCCAUGGGGCCGUCUUGAGGCUUGGAGAGAAGGAAACGACGAUCGAAUCGGGUAUAGAUUCGAACUCCUCCCUGAUCCAACCACAACAGCUGUUGCUGAGCCUGUAAUUUUAUACCAAUCCACUCUUAACACUAAAAGUGGUGGGAAAUUCGCCAUGGAUAUUAACUCGGGUUCUUCUCCGAUAUCAACUCCGGGGAGUAGCUGCGACAUGGGUUCUGGUUCUGGGUCUGGGUAUGGUUCGGGAUCGGAUUCGGGAUCGUGGGUGCAGUUUAUGUACAGUGGAUUUGUGAUGUCGUCGAUGGUGAAAGGAGAGAGGAGGAAGUUGCCGGCGCCGGAGGUGGUGGUCGGAGUUAGGCACGUGAGUUGCACGGAGGAUGCAGCUGGAUUUGUGGCUUUGGCGGCGGCGUUGAAUCUUAGUGUGGAUGCUUGUAGGCCGUUCUCGAAAAAACUAAGGAAAGAACUCACGCGCCAGGAUAGUCAUAACGACGUCGUUUUAAGCGGAUCUCGAGGUUAUGCGUGACAGAGAGAUAUCAACUUUUUAUUUUUUGAUAUGUUUUUAGUUAGAAAGAGAGAGAUAUGUUGCUGACUAGGACUGUAUUUGACAGACACGUGGUGACUGAUUCUUAAUUCUUUUUUAUUUAUUUUAUUUUAUGAGGUUCAGAAAAUUACUGACAAAAUAAUUAAAUUUAUGUUUUUCA